GAAAAACAAAUAUUCGAGUCCUGCACGGCAAUUAUCGUUAGUUUCUGGAGCUCCUUUUCUACUUGUCCUCUCCAACUUCAGUGCUCUGCACUCAUAUGCCAUCAUAAUUCAUAAUCUACAAGAAGAACCCAUCAUCCUUUGAUUGCUCUAAUCUUAUCUCCGCAGUGUAGCAGCAAUGCCUGAGAAAAUAACUGCCGAGGAUCAUGUGAACAACUUCGCGGGCACACUUGCUGAUACGAAACUGACAUCUGGCUCUUUAUUUGGGGAAGAGGCAUCAAGCUCGGUCACCACUCAGUUCAAUCGGCUGUUUGGACGCCAGAAACCUGUCCACCACAUUUUGGGUGGAGGCAAAUCUGCUGAUGUCUUGUUGUGGAGGAACAAAAAGAUUUCAGCUAGUGUUUUAACUGCUGCAACUGUUGUCUGGGUGCUCUUUGAAUGGCUCAAUUAUCAUUUCUUGACUCUUGUGGGGUUUGCUUUGGUUGUUGGCAUGCUUGUUCAGUUCCUGUGGUCAAAUUUUUCAGGCAUGAUUAGCAGCAGUUCCCCAUCUAAAGUACCUCGACUUGUUCUGCCUGAGGACUUAUUCGUCAAUAUUGCCGUCUCAAUUGGUGCUGAAAUUAAUCAAGGAUUGGCAUUUGUUCAAGAUGUGGCAUAUGGAAGAAAUGUGAAGCAAUUCCUUAUGGUUGUAGGAAGCUUGUGGAUUGCUGCUGUGAUAGGAAGCUGGUUCAAUUUUCUGACCAUUUUGUACAUUGGUUUUGUUGCUGCUCACACUUUGCCGGUUCUGUAUGAGAGAUACGAUGAUCAGGUUGACAGCUUUGUAUACCAGGUCCUCGGGCUGCUUCAACACAAUUACCGGAAGCUGGAUGCCGGUGUCCUCAGCAAGAUACCUAAAGGAAAGCUGAACUGGAAGAAGCAUGAAUAGAUUCAUUUAGCAACGUAAAUAUUACUUCCGCAAUAGCUCAGGAGUUAGAUUGGAUUAUCAUGUUCCAAAAGAGGGGAAUGCAGGGAGAAGAAACAUUGAAUAUCACUGUUUGUAGGGACAGAAACCAGUCAGUCGUGUGAUUAUUACUGAAGCAUAUGUACUGUUCUUGAGAAGUUCCAAAUUCAACUGCCAUUUAAUCGGUUCUUGUUUUGA